UUUCUCAACAGAUUUCAGAGCUUAUGUUUUGAUUAAUUUAACUCAGAACAUGCUCAUUGAAGAUUGUUUUCCAUACAUUGGUAGCAAGAGACAAGCUUACCUUGGAAAACUGUGAAAUGCUUGUGGUUUUGGGUAUCCAGAAUUGAGAAUAAAACAUAGAUUGGCAUGAAAGAGAAACAAAGUGGUGGUGAUAAGAAAUAAUGCAGUCUGUCUGGAGAUAGAUUUAACAAAUUAUAAGCAAACGAAACAAGUUUCUAUGAUUUUGGCAGGUGGAUUUGAGGGAAUACAAAAUUGAUAAAAGCUUAGCAAGAGAGGUUUUGCCUUCUUCGGUUAAUACAGGACUCUUGGUCUGACUGUUGUUGAGGUAUAUGCAUCUAUGUAUUUCACUUACUUUCAUUAAUGUCAAUUGCAGUGAUUCUGAGUGACAUUCCUCUUGAUUGUUAGUCUGUUGGGAGUUAAGAAUUUUUUGUGCCUUGCCAUUGAUAUUUUUAAUCAAUGAAAUCCUCUGGUGCUAUUCAGAGAUUAGGUAGUCAUUUUGUUUGUCCACUCUUUUAACAGAGGUUUAUGCGUGGAACUUAGAUAGAUUAAAAGACAGUUUUAACUCCGUCUCAUAUUCAAACAUCUCAUAGACGCAUAUUCAUAUUAGGGUACAUAUGCUGAUUGUAUUUGAUAAAUUACAUAAAACUCUAGCUUUCUUCUUAUAAGUCGACACAAAGUUGUUCAGGGAAUGCAGUAGAUAACAAAGUUUCUAUAUGCCAUUUAAAUAUAGCCAACAAUCAAAAAGGGACUGGAUGAUAACUCCAUGAUUGUUUGGAUCGUUGAACAUUAAGUUCCAAGCAGCAGGCUCAUACCGCGUGAAAUUCCACUAGUAUAAACUGUGAGAAGAGAGUAAGUAAUAUUGGCCAGAACUGCAUUUCAUAAUAGGUUCAUACCUCUUUUCUGGCGGAGAGGAGCCAAUUCCUAUGUCGUGGCAAUAGGCCUUCUGUUUAACCCAAUAAAGAGCCACUCUUGGGUGUAGAUAUUUACCUGCUACAGCAUAUAUACCUUUGGCCUGUAUGGUUGUGUGAAUGAACAAUUUCUGCAGGAUAAUUUUGCACUUCAGCUACUUUUUUUUUUGUAUCAUAUUUUCAUGUUUUGAUUGUUUGAUGUAUGAUAAUGCUUCAGUGGCCCACUGAAGAGCCAGCAUGACACCAAGUGAGAUCACGACCAGCAGAUGUUGUGUGCAGAUGUUGUGUGCCAGACACGCCUCAUCUAAUUGGAAUAUUUAAAAAUGCCACCCUUUAGUUGGUCCUUGCAGCAUUUCAAUUAGUAUUUUAAUUGCUUUCCUGAAUUCUUAGUCAUUGCUUUCUCUUUCAGGUUUUUUUUUAAUUCUAAUCAAUGACCAAGUCUUUCUUGAUAAAGUCCAGUAAUAAAUAAUAUUAAAAUCAAUUGCUGGCAUCAUGCAUAUAUAACCUGGCAGCAAAAGUCAUCAUUGAUCAGGUCUUUCCGUUGAUACUUCAUUGUUAAGCAUUUCAUUCGUGGACUUCCAUCACUUUCUGCAAUAGUUGGUAUCCAGUAGUUAAGUUUUGUGAAAACUUAUAGACAUAGUAAAACAAUAAAAAUGUGGAAAAUUAAGGCAUUUGAAAUGUUUAUUUGACAGUGGGUCUUACCAUUUAACAAGUGAGAUCUUCAACAAUUCUCUACUUCUUCCUAUCCAUUUAAGGUUUGGAGUUGACCAACUAAUUGUUAUUAUGGAGCAAAUGCCUUCAUUAUUAUCUGUGCGCAGUCUGCUGCUUCUUUUAUUUGUACUUUUAAUGGUUUUCUGUGCAACUAGUAAAGCACUAGCACUGGUAUCAUUAGAAGCAGGUGUAUCAGCAAUAAGAAAGGUACAAGCAGCAUCAGCACCAACAAGAAUGAUAAAUAAUAGUACCAGUACUGCUAGCAUAGCGAAGCCAGGUUGCAGAGAUAGGUGUGGGAAUGUAAGUAUACCAUAUCCAUUCGGAAUGGAUAGCGGUAAUUGUUAUCUCAGCACUGGUUUUAAGAUAUAUUGCGAUUCCUCUUACAAUCCUCCAGUUGCUUUUCUGAUGUCAGGGCAUGCUGAUCGUCUCUAUGAAAUCUUAGAGCUCACCCAAGAUUAUGUUCGUAUUAAUAUAUUGGCACCUGCCAUAUGUGACCUUGAUAAUACUACUAGUAUCACCUCAAAGUUGGUUGAUCCUUUGACUAACUCAACAGCACCAAACUUCUUUGGAACACCCUUCACCAUUUCCAAUACUCUCAAUAAGUUUACAGUCCUUGGUUGCAAUAUCUUCGGUGUCAUCUCACCACUACAGGUUAGUAUAUUCGGUGAUGGAUCAAAUUUCACAAGCAUAGGGUGUGCAACCCGUUGUGUAUUCAAUGAGUCCAUAGAUAUCCCAUCUCCUUGUCUAGGUAAUGGUUGUUGUAAGGUAUCAAUUCCUGAUAGACUUUCAAAUUUCAUUAUAAGGAUAGAGAAAAUAAGCUCUGGUGCUAAAGUUAUAAAUCCCUUUUUCUCGAGGGGUCCAUGCGUCCAUGCUUUUCUUGUUGAGCAGGAGUAUAAGGUCGAUGAUAUAAUUUUGGCUGAGGACGACACGUCUGUACCUGUGAUCUUAGACUGGGCGAUAACAGAUGGCUUUCUUACAUGUCAGCAAGCUCAAUCAAAUCUCAGUCAGUAUGCUUGUGGCAGAAAUACUGAUUGCCUUGAGUCUUACAAUAGUCCGGGUUAUCGCUGCAAGUGUUUAAAAGGCUAUGGAGGAAAUCCUUACCUUCCUGGUGGAUGUCAAGAUAUUGAUGAAUGCGAAGAACUAAACAAGUGCGGUAAAGGGGUUAAUUGCUUGAAUACACCAGGCAGCUAUAACUGUGUUUGUUCACCUGGUAAACUAUUGGUAACCAAUGAACUGGGACUCCAGUGUAUGCCUAACAAACGAAACCUUCUGAUCGUUAUGGGUGUACCAUUGGGUAUUGGUGUAAGCGUAAUUGUUUUAGUUUUGCUUGGAAUAAGCUAUUGGUUAUACAAUGGAUUUCAGAAGAGAAAGCAAGAUAAAUUGAAGCAGAACCAUUUUGCGAGAAAUGGUGGGUUGUUGUUAAAGCAAAAGGUCCACUCAAGUGAUGGUAGAGUUGAAAAGGCAGCAAAAAUCUUUGAAACUGAAGAGCUAGAGAAGGCGACAAAUAACUUCAACCCAAGUAGAAUCAUUGGCAAAGGUGGCCAUGGUACUGUUUAUAAAGGCAUGUUACCGGGUGGUGAAAUAGUAGCCAUUAAGAAAUCUAGACUAGUGGAUGAAACUCAAGUUGAUCAGUUCAUCAAUGAAGUCGUUAUUCUCUCACAAAUCAACCACAGACACAUUGUGAAAUUAUUAGGUUGCUGUUUGGAAACUCAGGUUCCCUUGUUGGUUUAUGAGUUUAUAUCUAACGGAACACUGGCAUACCAUCUUCGUGUAGAGGAGGGAGAUAAUGCAUCACUUUCAUGGAAGGAUCGCGUAAGGAUUGCAUCUGAGAUAGCUGGAGCACUUGCAUACUUACACUUGGAUGCUUCUGCGCCAAUCUUUCACAGGGACAUAAAAUCUGACAACAUACUCUUGGAUGAGAACUACAAGGCAAAAGUCUCAGACUUUGGAAUUUCUAGAUCGAUACCUGUAGAUAAAACCCACUUAACCACUCUCGUGAAAGGGACCUUUGGUUACUUAGACCCUGAAUACUUCCAUUCAAGCCAAUUCACUGACAAAAGUGAUGUCUACAGCUUUGGAAUGGUUCUUGCGGAGCUCUUAACGGGAGAAAGGGCAAUUUCUCAAAUCAGACACGAAGAAGAGGAGAGUUUGGCAUUUUAUCUUAUAAAUUCAAUGAAAGAAAGUCGCUUGUUUGGGAUAUUAGAUUCCAGAGUUCGUAAUGAAGCCGUCGAAGAUGAUGUUAUGGUUGUUGCAGAACUAGCAAAACGAUGCUUGAAAUAUGUUGGAAAGAAAAGGCCAGACAUGAAAGAAGUGGCUCUUUCUUUGAGCUGGCUGCAUGAGAAACUUUCAAGAGAUGGAAUAUUGAAGCUGCAAGAGACAGAAGCCAAUUCAGACAAUGGUUCAGUACUGAUUUACCCCUUCUUGGAUUGAUAAAUAUUUUAUACACCUCUGCUUGCUUGUCCUUAACAUUAUUACACUGUAUUUCAUUCCAAUAAACUGAUGCAUUUAUACA